AAACCUGAGACCGGAUGUGGCUCACAGUUGUCAUAUGAUCAGCUGACCGAACAGGUCGGCUUCUCGGUGAGACAAGCAGCUAAAAACAAGACGAAAAGGAAGAUAAUUUCAGUUUUUAUUUGUGACGGAGGGAACCAUUCUUUGAUAAGCCUUCCAUUAAAAGGAAAUGUUCCAGUAGGACCUUUAGUGACACAUCAGCAUAAUGUCGGGGAACAACUUGAUUCUGCCCAUAGUGCUCUGGGGCCGCACGGCUCCCACCCACUGCAUUAGCAGUCUGCUGGUGAUGGACGACUUCAGCACCAUCAUUACAGGCUGCCAUGACGGACAGAUCUGUCUCUGGGACAUGACACCUGAGCUGGAGAUUUGUCCCAGGGCCAUGUUGUUUGGCCAUACAGCCUCCAUUACCUGUCUGUCUAAAGCCAGUGCGUGUAGUGACAAACAGUACAUCGUCAGUGCAUCAGAGAGCGGAGAGAUGUGUUUAUGGGAUGUGAAUGAUGGACGCUGUAUUGAGUUCACCAAGCUGGCCUGUGCUCACACUGGCAUACAGUUCUAUCAGUUCAACAUCGGCACUGAGAGGGAGGCACGUCUGCUAUGCAAUGGCCACUACCCAGAAAUCCUUGUGGUGGAUGCCACCAGCCUGGAGGUCCUGUACUCCCUGGUGUCCAAGAUCUCUCCUGACUGGAUCAGCUCCAUGAGCAUCAUCCGAUCCCACCGAACACAAGAGGACACAGUGGUUGCAGUGUCAGUGACUGGGAUUUUGAAGGUCUGGAUCAUCACAGCUGAGGUCAGCAGGAUGCAGGACCUGGACCCUGUGUUUGAAGAAGAGUCCAAACCCAUCUACUGUCAGGGCUGUCAGAGUAUUUCCUUCUGUACAUUUACUCAGAGCAGCCUGCUGGUUGUCUGCUCAAAGUACUGGAGGGUGUUUGAUGCAGGUGACUACUCGUUGCUCUGCUCAGUGUCCAGUGACAGCGACCAGGCCUGGACCGGAGGAGAGUUCAUCGCUCCAGACAAAGUCAUCAUCUGGACCGAAGACGGCUGCAGUUACAUCUACAAGCUGCCUGCCAGCUGUCUGCCUGCUAGUGAACACUUCCGCAGUGAUGUUGGAAAAACCAAAGAAGGCUCCAUCCCUCCGCUGGUCUACAGCAUUGCCGACCGUUCAGACAAACAGCUCCUGAUCUGUCCUCCUGUGACUCGGUUCUUCUUUGGCCGACGGGAGCCCCUCCAUAAGUUGCUGAUCCAGGGAGACUCAGCGGGCAGACUGUCCCUGUGGAGCAUCCCAGACACUUCGCCUCUGCAGCCCCGGUCGAAAGCUACAGAGUUGCAGGUGUCGUCCACCAUCAGUCUCCAGGAGGCGUUUGAUAAGUUGACUCCCGUGUCUGCAGGGAUCAUUGACCAGCUAAGUGCUCUUCCUGGAAAAGACGGACCCAUCAAGGUGACAGCCAGCGUGUAUAUCCCCUCUCAGGGUCGCCUGGUGUGUGGGAGAGAAGACGGUAGCAUCAUCCUGGUUCCUGCCACUCAGACCGCCAUUGUCCAGCUGCUGCAGGGGGAGCACAUGCUCAGGAGAGGCUGGCCGCCCCAUCGUACCCUGCGAGGUCACCGGAACAAGGUGACUUGCGUCCUGUAUCCGUACCAGAUCUCCCCCCGCUACGACCAGCGCUCGCUGGUGUCUGGAGGAGUGGACUUCUCCGUCAUUGUCUGGGACAUUUUCACCGGAGAGAUGAAGCACAUUUUCUGUGUCCACGGAGGAGAGAUCACCCAGCUCAUUGUCCCACCUGAAAACUGCAGUACUCGGGUGCAGCACUGCGUCUGCUCGGUGGCCAGUGACCACUCCGUUGGUCUGCUCAGUCUCAGGGAGAGGAAGUGCAUCAUGCUGGCGUCGCGACACCUCUUCCCCAUUCAGGUCAUCAAGUGGCGUCCAGCAGAUGACUACCUGGUGGUGGGAUGCUCUGACGGCUCUGUCUACGUCUGGCAGAUGGAUACAGGAGCUUUGGACCGCUGUGUAAUGGGCAUAACAGCAGUAGAGAUCCUGAAUGCCUGUGACGAGCUGGCUCCUGCCACUGUGGACGCUCUGAGCCACUCAGCUGUGAACCUGAAGCAGGCGAUGACUCGCCGCAGCCUGGCGGCACUGAAGAACAUGGCACAGCACAAACUGCAGACACUCGCCACCAACCUGCUGGCUGCAGACAACGCCGACAAGGGCAACCUGCCGAAAUAUUCCCAUAAUGCCCUUGUGGUCCAGGCGAUGAAGACCAACCUGACAGACCCUGACAUGCACGUGCUGUUCUUCGACGUGGAGGCGGUGAUCAUUCAGCUGCUGACAGAGGAAGCCCAGAGACCGAGUCCCACGCUGGUGUCUCCAGAGACGCUGCAGAAGAGCCAGGCUGGGGCUGAUAAGGGGGGGUCCUUCCUGGCCAACAAGAUCUUCAAACAGGUAAAGGAAACGAUGAAGGAGACCAUCAAGGAGCACCUGUUAGACGAAGAUGAGGAGGAGGAGGAGGAGAUGAGGAGGCGGGAGGAGAAGUCCAAGUCUCUGAGUCUGCUGGAAUACAACCUAACGAUGGACACGGCCAAACUCUUCAUGUCCUGCCUGCACGCCUGGGGUCUCAAUGAACAGCUUGAUGGCAUCUGUCUGGAGCGACUGGGCAUGCUCAGACCGCACUGCCCCAUCUCCUUCGGCCUGAUUUCUAGAGGAGGUCACAUGUCCCUUAUGCUGCCUACCUUCAAGGAGUCCUUGCUGCAGCAGUUGUCCCUGGCGACUGGUCUGAAGCUGACUCUGACUGACAUCGUAGGGAAGGGGACGUACGGCGUUUCAAGGGCCGUCACCACACAACACCUGCUGUCUGUAAUUUCACUGGCCAACACUCUGAUGGGCAUGACCAAUGCCACCUUUGUCGGAGAGCACAUGAAGAAAGCACCAGUCAGGCCUCCCAGACCGGGAGGAACCCCGGAGACUCCUCGCAGGACACUGGCUGCCCCCCAUCAGCCCUCCAACCCAGCACUACAGGCCCAGAUCAAACAAGCUGCUGUAGCUGCCACAGCCAACACCAGCACUGUUACUACUGCUACCACUGCUGGGGCUCCGGGGGCCCCUGGGGUCUUCCCUCAGAGGGCCCCUGGCUCCCCGAGCCCCAGCCCUGCUUCUUAUAACAUCCCCUCAGUCAACGAAGGUUGGAGCCAGCUGGCAGCCAUGCAUUGUGUGAUGCUCCCUGACCUCCUUGGACUGGACAAGUUUAGACCUCCUCUGCUGGAGAUGUUGGCAAGGAGAUGGCAGGACCGCUGUCUGGAGGUGCGAGAAGCAGCACAAGCUCUUUUAUUGGCUGAGUUAAGGAGGAUCGGCCAAUCCGGACGGAAGGACACCAUUGACUUGUGGGCUCCCUACCUUCCUCAGUAUGUGGACACCGUCAGCUCCCCUGGGUCGAGCACUGAGCCCUCCCCGCCAGCUCCGCCUCCUCCCGAGGCUCAGCCAAUAGAAACGAAGGUUCCUGAAGAAGAAAUGGACGUCACGGAUGAUGACAUCACAGCAGGCUGUCUGUCCAACCUUCCACCAAACGCCAAGAAAAUCUCCAACUCAUACGAGGAGCGCCGUAAACAAGCCACCGCCAUUGUGCUGCUGGGGGUCAUCGGGGCGGAGUUUGGCGCUGAGAUUGAACCUCCAAAGGGUUCAGCACGGGCUCGAGCCGGCGGACAGGCGCCUGAGGGCUUCGGAUUGACAAGUGGAGGGUCAUCCAACUACUCACUGGCCAGGCAUACAUGUAAGGCGCUGACCUUCCUGCUGCUGCAGCCCCCCAGCCCCAAGCUGCCUCCCCACAGCACCAUCCGCCGCACCGCCAUCGAUCUGAUUGGCCGAGGCUUCACCGUGUGGGAGCCGUAUAUGGACGUGUCAGCGGUGCUCAUGGGGCUGUUGGAGCUCUGUGCUGACGCCGAGAAGCAGCUGGCCAAUGUUACCAUGGGUUUGCCCCUCAACCCGCCGGCAGAUUCAGCUCGCUCAGCCCGCCAUGCCCUCUCUCUUAUUGCUACAGCUCGACCACCGGCUUUCAUCACCACCAUUGCAAGAGAGGUUCAUCGGUACAACGCAGCUCAGGCAAACUCUCAGUCUCAGCAGAACGUUCACACCACCACUCUGGCCAGAGCCAAGACUGAGAUACUGCGAGUGAUUGACAUCCUGAUAGAGAAAAUGCCUGGCGACGUUGUGGAUCUGCUGGUCGAGGUGAUGGAUAUUAUCAUGUACUGUAUUGAAGGGUCUCUGGUGAAGAAGAAAGGACUGCAGGAAUGUUUCCCUGCUAUUUGCAGGUUCUACAUGGUUGGUUACUGUGACCGCAGUCACCGCAUCGCUGUUGGAGCUCGCCAGGGUUCAGUGGCCCUCUACGAUGUCCGUACCGGAAAAUGCCAGAACAUCCAUGGUCAUAAGGGUCCUAUCACGGCAGUGUCGUUCGCCCCUGAUGGCCGUUACCUGGCAACGUACUCAAAUGCUGACAGCCACAUCUCCUUCUGGCAGAUGAACACCAGUCUGCUGGGCAGCAUCGGGAUGCUGAACUCGGCCCCUCAGCUCCGCUGCAUUAAGACCUACCAGGUCCCUCCUGUGCAGCCAGCGUCCCCGGGCUCCCAGAACCACCUGAAGCUCGCCCGCCUCAUCUGGACCUCCAACCGCAACGUCAUCUUGAUGGCCCACGACGGCAAGGAGCACCGCUUCAUGGUCUAAACCAGAUGUGUAUCUCCAGCCGAGCCCUUGUUGUUGUCUGUAAUGGUCAGUGGUCACUUUAGUUUUAGUUUCAAAUAUGUAUCCUGAGCUGCUGAGUCUACACUCUAAAAACAAGCAAGGCUGACGGUAAUGGCUCAAGUGGUUCCUUUCCCUGUUUGUCUUGUAAAAAAACAAAAAACACAUUUUAUGUGGAAAAAACCCAAGGAAAAAGUAAAAACCCAGCUCAGGUCCAGGAUUUGGACUGGAGGAAUAUUGUGUUUUUUAUCUUCCAUAGUGAUCAUUGUGAAACUCACUCUGUAAUUUAUU